AAAAAAACCAGUUAAAUAAUCAUGAUUAAAACAAUAUGACUACUACAUUGGCACAAGUGAAAUCAAUGCUUGAACCGAAGAAGAAGAAUAUACCACCAAAUUUCAAUGUAACCAUUCAUGGAAUCAAUGAUAAUGAUAAUUUGCAAACAUUAUUAUCCUACUUAUUUCCAGAACAUGAAACAAAGGAUAUUGUUAUCAAGGUUUUAAACAAAGGACAUUCCAACAAAUUAAUUAAAAUUGAACAUAGUCAACAUUCACUUGUAUUGCCUAAACUAUCAUCUUUAUUGAUACGGAUUUAUGGUGAUUUAACUACAUCGUUAAUAGAUAGAACAAAUGAAAUGAAAUAUAUGCAAAUAAUUGGAAAUUUCACUGGUUUUCAACAAUUAUAUGCAAUAUUUAAUAAUGGUUUUGUAUAUUCUUUCAUUGAUGGUUGUGAUAUUGCAUUGGAAAAAUUAUGGGAUAUAAAAUAUGGCAGGUUAAUUGCAGAGAAAAUGGCUCAGUUACACUGUUUACCAACUGAUAAAUUCAUGGAAGCACAACAGGAUACUUUAUCAGAAAGAAAUAAACCUGAAUCUCAGCUAUUUCCAACAAUUUUAAAAUGGAUAGAUAGACUUGCAGAUGAAUUUAUUGAUUCGUCAAGAAAAAUUAAAAAGUA